AUGUUCAAAUUGACGAUACACGUGACGGCGGCCUCAGUGGAUGUGCGUCGGCUGGGCAGUACGUGCUACGCAGACGGCGACUGCGCACUGAAGAACAGCCUCUGCCACCGUGGCUCCUGCCGCUGUCGCAACGGGCUGCAACCCUCACACGACGGCCGACGCUGCCUCGUGUAUCGGAUUGCAGCAUUUGAUGGUGAGUCCUACAUUCAACUGAAAAGUCUGAAAGCUUACAACAAACUAAAUAUCGAAAUGGAAUUCAUCUCAUACGCAAACGAUGGUCUUCUGCUGUACAACCAACAAAAGGAAGACGGAAUAGGUGAUUUCGUCUCCCUCGCCAUUAUUGAAGGCUACGUAGAAUUCAGAUACGACUUGGGAAACGGUGCCGCGGUUUUAAGAUCGGCCAACCGGAUUACACUGGGUACGCUGCACCAUGUGAGUGCGCGCCGUUACCACCGGGACGGCUUGUUGCGGCUGGAUGCUGGCCCUGAGGUGGUGGGCCAGUCGCAAGGGGCGCUGCGCGCACUGGACCUGCAAAUGGAUGCUUUCGUCGGUGCAGUUCCUACCAAUCUAACAAGGGUGUCGGAAAAUGUGGGAGCAGCACGUGGCUUGGUUGGCUGUGUGCAGCAGCUGAAACUCAACCAGGAGGAGGUGCGGCUGCACGAGGGCGAGCCGCUGGUAGUUCGCGCGGUGGGUGUACAGGAGUGCGGUGCAAACCCGUGCGCACGCUUGCCCUGCCACAACGGUGGAUCCUGUGCGCCUACUGCGGCACAGAGCUUCCGCUGUCACUGUCCUCCCGAGUUCACAGGUGCCUAUUGUGAGAAGAGAGUGGGCCCGUGCGUUUCGAGUCCAUGUGUUGCCGGAACCCAAUGUGAAGUAAUGCAGGGAGGAGGUUUCACAUGCAAGUGUGCUCCGAGCAACAACAGCCAUGCCUGCCAGUAUUCUGAUGCAGGAAACCGGGAAGCAUUCGUACCUGAAUUUAACGGUAGUUCGUAUAUUGAACUACCAAGACUGGAUGGUGUUGCAAGAGCUUUCGCUUUGGAAAUAUGGUUCCUCACAAAUAUGAAUGAUGGAAUUCUGCUUUACAACAGUCAACAAUUAGAUGGAAAGGGUGAUUAUAUUGCCCUUGUGCUUAUAAGUGGUCAUAUACAAUUUCAUUUCAAUCUCGGAAGUGGACCAGCAAAUAUCAGGACCUCAAACAGAGUAGACCUCAGAAAAUGGCAUUCUGUGAAGAUUAGCCGUGUGGACCGAGAAGGAACCCUGCAGUUAGACGAUGGGCCAGUCGCGAGAGGGACCUCAGGACCACCAUUAACUGAACUCAACGUUGAAUUACCGCUGUACAUAGGAGGAAUACCGUGA